UUUAGGAUACAUUUAGAGUAAUAAUUGUAUUUUUUCUCUAUGCAUAAAUAUAUUUUAAUGAAAACUUUAAUGAAUAAUCUUUAUGGAUUUAAAAAAUAAAUAAAUCAAAUCAAAUGCAGAUGAUGCUGGAAAAGGAACAACUCUAAAUAUGUAUAAUUGACUUGAUUAGCUUCAAGAGAAAAACAUUUAAGAUUCAAAUGAAUCUGAAUCUGUUUAUUUCAUUCACAAAAAAAUUAAUUAAAAUUUUAAAAAUGAAAUUGUACAAAUUUCUUACUUUUUUUUUAUCUUAAAAUGUAUAAACCAUGCUCUUGCAAUGAAAAACUUAUAAACAUAUGAUUGAAAGAAUGGGUGUUUUAUUUAAAGAAAAUUGAGAGAAAUUUGAAGAUUAUGGGAGAAUUUGUGCAUAAUUAGUUAACCUAAUUUGAGGUAAAGUUAAACACAAGGCUUAAUAUCAGAAUGCACAAGUUGUGCACGAGACAUAAACGUAAAUCUCUGAUAAUUGUUCAUGGGUAUUGGGUUAGCACGAUACUAGAUAAUUUUUAAAAAUUAUUAAUUUAUGAGAUAUACAUAUAAUCAUAAACCUUAUACAUACUAAAAAUAUGAAUUGAUUGGAUCAAUUAACCAUGAACUCAUAAUAAACUGGACGAUUACCUGCACUGUAAUUAUUUGAACAUUUAAACAUGAUUCUUUCCUUCUUCUUUUUUUCUUUUUCUUUUUUUAAUGACUUGUACUGGUUAAAUAAAAUUCCAAGUACAUAAUGGAAGAAAAAAAGAAAAAAAGAAUUUUAUAUGGCUCAAAUAACACCUUCACCAGAACUCAUUUCCUUCAGCAGUUAAUUCCUGUGCACUUAUAUGAUACAUAAAGAUUAUACUUAAUAUAAACUGAAUAUGGAAAACACGACUUAUAGUUUUAUCCUCAAACAAUAAAAUCCGUGGCUUUUUUUAAUUUAUAAUUAAGACUUACAUUUUUUUAUAGUUAUUUUUCAUGAGAUUCACAUCUUGAUACUUAAUCUUUGUCUUAAAACACUUUCACAAAUAUUUCCAUUAAGUUUGCUGAUUUUACUUCCAUUGGAAGAAGAAAAAAAAGAACUCUGUUACGUCGUUGUACUGCAUAAAAAACAUGUAAACUUCAAUACAUAUACAUGUACAUAUGUGUGCGUACAUAUUUCUUUUCAGGUUUAAAGCUUUUUGUGCAUGUUGCACGUUUUUGUAACUAUAAUCGAACCAUUCUUUGGUUCGUUUUUAGAGUUAACUACAAAAUUUUAUUAACAAGUGAUUUUUCAUCUGUGCAAUAAUUCAAUGUUCAACACUGUGUGAGAUUAUUCAUCAUUUGAGGUUUCUCUGGUGGACUAUUUGUGUUUAUAUCACAGAAACCAAACUUCUUUUCAAUGCCCUGAGGUUUCUCAAUGUAAACCAUAGUUUUCAUUCUUGCACUGGUGUAGAAUUCUUACACAAUUUAUUUUAUUUAAUUGAAAUAUUGAUAAACUUAAACCUGUGAUAGCACAAAAACAGCAACCACCUAUUGUACUUAAAUUUCAAAGUUCUUAUAAAAAACAACUACACAAAAAUUAGUAUUCCUAUCACAGUUAACAUCAGAUUUAUUGAACACACAACCAGUUCAUAAUACAUUGUUAUUUUUUAGAAAAUUUACACAAAGGAAUUGCAAUAAUACAUUGUUUCAAUUUUCCAUUUUGACAACAACAUUUUUGCAUUCUUCACAAAUUUCCUUCACCAUUUUGGAGUACGCUAUUAAACCCUAAGUCAAUAUUUACUAUUAUUAGAAAACUGCUGAUUGGUUUUUAUUUCUAUAUUCAAAGAAAAAGGAGCAAGAGCAAGGGAAAUGGGAAAAGUUGUGGCAUGGGUGGUGUGGGUCAUGUUAAUUGUGAGCCAAGUGAGCAUGGGCACAAGUGUUGUAGAGAGUGAAGAAGGAACAAGAGUGUUGGAAGGGCAAACGAAGACGAGGAAUGCUUACGCUACCAUGCUUUAUGGGGGCACUCCUCGCGACUACGAGUUUUAUGUAGCGGCUCGGGUUUUACUUCAAAGCCUUGCCUCCCUCAAAGCAAAUGCGGAUCUCGUCCUCAUUGCUUCUGCAUCUGUGCCACGUCCAUGGUUGAAUAUCUUAAAAAAGGAGAAUGUCACUGUUAAAGUUGUGGAAGACAUACAUAACCCUUAUGCAAAGAGACGUAAUUUUGAGAAGCGAUUCAAACACACUCUCAAUAAGAUAUAUGCAUGGACUUUAACUGAAUAUGAGCGAGUGGUGAUGUUGGACGUUGAUAAUGUAUUCAUACGAGCCCCUGAUGAAUUAUUCCAGUGCGGUGAAUUCUGUGCUGCUUUUCUUAACCCUUGCAUCUUCCAUUCAGGCUUGUUUGUUUUAAAGCCAUCAAAUGAAACAUUCAAUAAUAUGCUUGAGGAAAUACAAAGGGAAGUGCCAAACCCAUUGGAUGGAGCAGAUCAAGGGUUCCUCACAUCAUAUUUCCAUGAUCUUUUAGACCGCCCUUUGUUCCAUCCUCCCCAUCUACCUUUCCAACAACUCACAGGGCUCUAUCGCUUGCCCCAAGGCUAUCAAAUGGAUGCGGCAUUGUAUUAUUUGAAUCUUAAAUGGAAUGUUCCUUGUGGCCAAAACAGUGUCAUUACAUUUCCAAGCAUUCCAAUGUUGAAGCCGUGGUAUUGGUGGUCAUAUCCAACCUUGCCUUUAGGAAUAUUAUGGCAUGAUAAGCGUCAAGCAACUAUAGGAUAUAGUGGUGAGAUACACAUCCUUGUGAUAGAAAUCCUGCUCUAUUUAUUUUGUCUUUUUGCAACUCUAUUUAUACAGAAGCAAUUAGUAACGUCACAAGAAAAGAAUAACAACUCGGGAAGAAUGAAUUUGAGAAGUGCUCAAUCUUUUCAUAUACCUCGGUGUCACCCACGGGUGGUGAAAGCAAUGCUCGUGGUUAGUUUGAGUGGGUGUUACAUUUUGCCAUUCCUCGUAGUUCCUACAACCGUUCAUCCGCUUCUUGGAUGGGGGGCUUUUUUCUUUGGAUCCUUUUCACUUCUACUCUCUAUUGCCAAAGCAUUCAAACUCCCAUUCAUCCCCGUCCUCGUGCCGUGGUUGACAUGUAUCGGAAUGUAUUUUAUUAUGCUUUGGCCUUACCAUUCCAAUGGUAUUUCUAGAUCAUUAUUAAUGAUAGCAUAUGCCUGCAUCUCGUCUCCGUGUUUGUGGUGGUGUUCCAAAGAGUUGUUCUUUUCCCACAAUGGCAAGAAUGAUGAAGAGCUUGCUGCAACUUGGGCUCCAUUGAAGUCUAUUACUCCUGUUGAAUUCACAAAAUUAUGUUGAAAUUUGCACAUGUGUAGCAUCACUAUUUACUUAAAAUUUCUGUACUCCCAUGUUGAUGGUAUACAUGAGUCUCUAUGGGUAGGAUAAGGGAUGUUGUGUAAACUAUAUUAGUAUUUAUUCAAUGUAAUUCAUAUUUAAGAAAAAAUAGUUAUAUGCAUUUGCAUUGUAAUAACUCAAUAUCAAUAGUUUGGCUGCAUAGGUUUGUAAAUGUUUUAGGCUAUUUUAAGGAAAAAACUAUCCAUUAAUUUAUAAUGAACAAAUUGCAACUUAUUAAAUAUAUAUAUAUAUAUAUAUAUAUAUAGAUAUAUAUAUAUAUAUAUAGUGUUUGAAAAUUUGUGAACAUGAAAUUUAAAGGUAUU